CUUGUUACAGAAGUAUCUUUCCAUCUACGCGUCUUCUCUAUAUAACAUUCAUUCAUUCCCUUCAUUUUCCCUCUUUCUAAACCCAAAUCCCACCUUUCUUUCUCUCCAUUUCUGCACGAAUCAUCUUCAUCAAAGAUCGAGAUUCAAUAUACUUUACACUUCCGAUCGACAUCAUCAUCAACCAGCUGAUUUCCUGAAGUGAUAUAAAUCAAUUGAUUUCUGAUAGUUUUUUUGUAAACAGUACAUGGAAAGAUCAAACAUGGCGGAAAACGUAAACGAAGGAGACGAUGCAGUUAUCGGACUUCCUCCUGGAUUCAGAUUCCAUCCGACUGAUGAAGAAAUCGUCACUCAUUAUCUAACACCUAAAGUUCUCAACCGGAAUUUCACCGCCAGUGCAAUCGGAGAAGCUGAUCUCAACAAGUCGGAGCCAUGGGAUUUACCUAAGAAAGCUAAGAUGGAGGGAGAUCAGAAGGAAUGGUUCUUUUUUUGUCAGAGAGAUCGGAAGUAUCCGACAGGGAUGAGAACUAAUCGUGCGACGGAAUCCGGUUACUGGAAGGCUACCGGAAAAGAUAGGGAGAUUUUCAGGCCUGGUGGAAACUUGGUAGGGAUGAAGAAGACGCUUGUUUUCUAUAGAGGAAGAGCACCAAAAGGGGAAAAGACGAAUUGGGUCAUGCACGAAUUCAGACUCGAAGGAAAAUUCUCAUACUACAACAUGCCUACACCUUCUCAGGAUGAAUGGGUAGUAUGUCGUGUAUUUCACAAGAAUGCAGGAUUACAAAAGAGCGCGAAUACAGAUCAUGGGUACAGUUCUUUUGUCGAAGACCUCUUGGAAGGUCCAUCAAUGCUGCCUGCACUGACGGAUCCUUCGGGGUUAAAUGUUGACCCGACAUUUGAUACUGAACCGUUCUACUUGUCUUAUGACCAACAUGAAAUUUAUCGAAAAGAAGAUUACAAAAACAUCAGUGUAUCUUCGUAUAAUUACAACUUUGAUACCACCAGUUACCAGACGAGUCCAUUCAUGAACGAACACAUAUACAAGAACGUACAUACUCGAGUGAGUAGCGAUCAUGUGGGCACAUCUUCGUUUUCAGACUUGGAUCCUUUAUUGGAAUAUUAAAUGAGAUAAAGAUUUUUUUUUUUUUUUUUUUUAGGAUUUUGUUUAUAUAGAUUAAAUUGUAUUUCUUAAUUAU